AUGGCUACGAUAGAAGAAUUGAAAAAGAAGGUGGAGCAGCUGGAAGCUAAGCUGGCUGCCGUACAAGGCAAUGCCGGGCCUGUUAGACAGAAAAUAGACGUAAUGUCCUCGGAAGUUGUCGACUCAAAUCCCUACAGUCGACUAAUGGCGCUCAAAAGGAUGGGUAUAGUGGAUAACUAUGAGAAAAUCCGUGAGCUGUCCGUGGCCGUGGUCGGAGUGGGCGGAGUUGGAAGUGUAACUGCCGAGAUGCUCACCAGAUGUGGUAUUGGGAAGUUGAUCUUGUUUGAUUAUGACAAAGUGGAGUUUGCUAACAUGAACCGGCUGUUCUUCCAACCGCACCAAGCCGGUCUAAGCAAGGUGGACGCUGCAGCUGCAACACUGCAAAAUAUUAAUCCAGAUGUAGCUAUCGAUGCCUACAAUUACAACAUCACGACGGUUGAGAAUUUCCAGAAGUUCUGUGACACCAUCAGUACGGGAAGUCUGACGGGCGGCCCUGUGGAGCUGGUGCUGAGCUGUGUAGACAAUUUCGAGGCCCGCAUGGCGAUCAACACCGCCUGCAACGAGCUCAACCAGAACUGGUUCGAGUCCGGUGUGAGUGAGAACGCUGUGUCCGGCCACAUACAGCUCAUCAUACCCGGGGAGACUGCGUGUUUUGCUUGCGCCCCGCCGCUGGUGGUAGCUUCGAAGAUCGACGAGAAGACGCUGAAGCGUGAGGGUGUCUGCGCGGCCAGCCUCCCCACCACUAUGGGCAUUGUAGCUGGAUUUUUAGUUCAAAACACUCUAAAGUAUCUUUUGGAGUUUGGGACAGUCAGCCAUUAUUUAGGAUACAGUGCAUUAACAGAUUUCUUCCCCACAAUGAGUUUGAAGCCUAACCCCCAGUGUGACGAUCGCUACUGUCUGGUGCGACAGGCCGAGGUACGGUCGCGGCCCGCAGUCGAGCUGGCCACUGAAGUCACCGAGGAUACCGGCCCUGUACAUGCUGACAACGAGUGGGGAAUCAGUCUAGUGGACGAAAACACGCCAGAUGAAGACGAUACGUCCAAUUUAAAGCUGGUCGACGGUAUUCAGGUGGCGUACAGCAUCCCAGUAGAUAACAGCACUCCGGAGUCAAGCACGGGCGGCGCGGUGGCAGCCUCCGAGCUUUCACUCGAAGAACUUAUGCAGCAAAUGAAAUCUAUGUAAGCUUAUCGACUUCAAAGCUCCACGUUUUCUAUCAGCACUUCCUCUCAUAUUCAUAAAGACGUGUAAAUGAUGUUGUACUAUUUUGUCUCUUUCUGACGAAUGAUUUUUUUUUAAUUUAAAAGACGGUGACAAAGUAUAUCUUAGUUAAAAUUGGUUUGACGUCCUCGAUGAUAUAGCGGUUUAGUACAUUGCUUUAUUUCCGAGGGUUGUGAGUUUCAUUCCUCGAA